AUGUCGACGUCUACCACGGAUCAUGAGCACAUGCUCGCCCUUGUACGCCGUAUGAUCCCGCCUCUCUCGCCCAAGCUCCACAAGGGACAGGCCGGACGCGUCGGCGUGCUGGGCGGAUCAGGCGACUACUCUGGCGCGCCCUUCUUCUCCGCCAUGGGUGCCAUGCGGUUCGGCGCCGACCUCGCUCACGUCAUGUGUGAGCCUGGAGCUGGUGCCGUGAUCAAGACCUAUGCCCCCGACCUCAUCGUUCACGGCGUCCUCGACUCGUCCCUCGGCCUGGCGCAGGCCAAGGAGCAGCUCAAAUCCAUCAUGUCCCGUCUGCACGUGCUGGUAAUUGGACCAGGUCUUGGACGCGACGAGUUCAUGCAGUCAUGUGCGCGCGAGGCCCUGAUCAUGGCGAAAGAGAUGGACAUUGGCGUCGUCGUCGAUGCCGAUGGUCUGUGGCUGCUCAACUCUGAGCCCGAGCUCGUCAAGGGAUGGCAAGGUGUCCCGAGAGUCAUCCUCACACCCAACGUCAUGGAGUUUAAGAGGUUGUGCGAUGCCAACGGCGUGGAGGCCUCCGAGACUCUGCGAUGUGCCGCACUCGCUCGCGCGCUGGGCAACGUCACAAUCCUGGAAAAGGGUGCCGAGGACAUUGUCUCGGACGGCAAGCCGCUGCCUUCUGCGUUUUCCACAUCCACAGGAUCCACAGACACAUUGGUGGAUAGCGUCCAGGGCGGCCUCAAGCGUGUCGGUGGCCAGGGCGACAUUCUCUCGGGCACCGUCGGCACCCUCCUGGCCUGGGGACGCGAGUGGGCUCGCGGCAGCUAUGCCCAUGUCGGCAGUCCCGCCGACCCAGAGCUCGCUCCACAUGUAGCGCUUCUCGCGGCGUAUGGGGCCAGUGCGUUUGCGCGCACCGUCUCAAAGCGCGGUUUCGAGCUCAAGGGCAGGAGUAUGGUCACACACGACCUGGUGGAUCUCGUUGGGCCUGUGUACGCCGACAUGUUCGGCGGGGAGGUCAAGGGCAAGUUGUAA